AUGCUCUACCCCAACCCGAAGCCCAGUAGGGCACCUCUGUCGGUAGUCUUGAGCACACCCAUAAUUUACAAAGUCAUUCCUGUCUCUCUGGCAUUAGCUCUAUCUUUCUAUGCUUUAUCCUGGUGGUCGAAACUGGAGAUAACGCCAGCAGACUGGCAACAGGGCAAUGUCAACACAACGGAACCAGAGGCCCCUGUUGACCAGGACCGUCGGUUUGCCUUCAUUAUCCCCUCCUCGAACCCAAGUCCGAAUCUAUGCAAGACAAUCUUCAGCUCGCUGGCCUUAGGCUACCCAAGCCCAGUUAUCAUCAAUUGGGGAGUCGACUAUAGGGACAUCUCACAUUGGAGGCUUGGCAAGCAUCUUCCCAAGAUCACCGGCUUGGUGAACUACCUUGACUCAGUCAUGCACCCUAAUGCUACCGCAGAAGAGAAGCUAGAGGAAGACGAUAUCGUUCUCACGGUUGACUCCUAUGAUGUCUGGUUCCAGCUCCCUGCUCAAGUUCUUCUCAGUCGAUACCAUGAGAUCAACAGAAGAGCCAACGAGAGACUGCGUAAACAAUGGACGCGAAAGGAUGUGCCCAUACCGAUGAAGCAGACAAUCAUCGCGGCAUCGCAAAAGAGUUGCUAUCCUUCUAAUUCUGAACGAUACGGUGUGGAUUUGAGAUGUGAUCUUUGGCCUGAGUCUCCUUUGAGACCAGACCUCUAUGGACCGGAGACUGAAAAGAACACUACCUUCUCUCGCAACAACAGACCUCGAUGGAUCAAUGGCGGCAUGUACAUCGGCCCAGCAGGCGAUAUGAGAAGGAUGUUUCGCCGCGCCAAGCAAAAGAUCGAAGCAAUGGUUGGCGAAGGUUUCCCUUUAAGGAGCGAUCAGGGUAUGAUUGGCGAACUCCUCGGUGCGCAGGAAGUCUGGCGCGAGUUGCAAAGACACAACCACGUCAAUGUUGAUGUGGAGGACUUCGUGGGGGAGAAUUACGAAUUUCACGUUGGACUUGAUUACGCUCAGGAGAUAUCAGCACAGACUUUCGCAACUGAGAUCAGCCCAGAGAAUGACCUCUUUGACGCUGACUUUGUCGUUUUGAGCGACCAAGAGUCCAUCGAAAUGAGCUCUGAGGUUCGCGGUAUAUCACCAGUACGGUUGAAGGGUAUCCCAGAUGAUCUCAAGUCUGUUCGAAGCCCACUGGUCGAAGACGGCAAGACCGUUGACUGGAGUGCCAUGCCUCUGUAUACCGAUUUCUUCCUCACAACAGUGCCAGCUAUGCUGCAUCACAACAAAUUCAAGGAAAAGCGUGAGACAUGGUGGGAUAGACCGUGGUACCACCAGAAGCUGCGUAGUCUUGUCAAAUCCGCUCUGCUACCCAGAGAAGGAAAUGAGCCUCUAACUACUGUUCAACUUGAGGGCAGCAAGGUCAGAUACUGGGCAGCUUCAGCAGAGGAGGCUGACAGAUAUCCUCGCAUGGGUACGCUCAAUUCCAACUUGACGGUCUAUGAUAGGUUUCCAAGCAUGGAGAUCAACGAGACAUGUCAGUAUGGAAGCCGGAAGCCGCGGGGAUCUAAAGCGACAUGGGAGGAGGAAGUUUUCCGUGAUGGUGGUGGAGAGUUCAAUGGACUUUGA